GUUAACGUAUGCUCAGUGGAUAGGAUAAAAAAUGCAAGCAUUAUGCAGAACAUUUUCUAGUGUACUGUAUGUAGCCAACUGUUUUUUAGGCUGAGUGGUGCGCAUGCCCCAUGUCAUAGUAAAGGAAAAGCAUAAUGAAUCCUCUCUCUCAUUGACCACAGUGCGCAUGGUCAUUGCUUUUGUAUCAUUUAUGUCCGUCUGAGCAAGAUCAGCUGCACUUCAUGUAUUGCAGAAAUAAGUUUUACGGCGUUGAAGUAGGCUUUUUUCAAAGAAAUCAUCGGAUAAGGAAACAGAAUAUGUCGGUAAACAAAGCUAAGAAAGUAAAAAUGGCUACCAAAUCAUGCCCUGAGUGCGACCAACAGAUUCCAGUUGCUUGCAAGUCUUGUCCCUGUGGCUAUGUAUUCAUUAGUCGCAAGCUUCUAAAUGCCAAACUGAAUGAGAGAUCACCACCAGCAAUAGACAAGUUGGAUGCAAAGAGGAGGAGAACUGAAAGAAUUCGCAGAGAGAAGAUCAACUCUCCGUCAACCAAUGACAUGGAGAACAGAAGGCGAUGCCGCUCCAACAGCCAAUCGGAUCAGAUCCGGAGAGGGCGGGGCAGGCCAAAGACAGUUGGGCUGAAGAAGCAGGAGGAGGAGAAAGAAAAAUUUGAGAAAGAAGUUGAUAUCUAUGCCAACCUCUCAGAUGAGAAAGCAUUUGUGUUUUCGGUGGCAUUGGCCGAGAUCAACCGAAAGAUCCUGGGCCAAAGACUGAUCUUAUAGACAGACCAGAUGGUUGCUUUGAGGGAUUGACAUGUGAAACCUAAUAUUGUUACUGUGGAGAAACCCAUGGAUGACCACCACAGUGUGUCUAACAGGGUAUGAACUCUGACCCAUGAACUCCCUGCCGGAUUGGUCAAAGCCUUGGGAAAAUGGAGAUGUUGGGGAACAUUGAGAAGCAGGCACCUGGUCUGCUCAAGAGGAAAUUUUGGAACCAACUUUUAUCUUUAGAGUAGCUUAUGGAAUUGGAGGGGGUAGGACAUCUGAAUAUUUAUCUUUUAAUCAGAUUUUAUAUUAUUUAUAUAUAUAUAUUAUAUAUAUAUAUAUAUUAGAUGAUAUGGUAUUAUAUGAUAUUAUAAUCUAAGUGAUAUGGUAUAGGAUUCAUCACCUUGUAAACCAAGAAAGCUGUCGGUAGCAAAACAUUUCUAUUAAAAAAGGGCAUAAAUAUGUUGAAGCAUGGAGGGCCAUCCUAGCAUUGUAACUGGCUUCUAUAAUGUUAUUUGCUUGUAGUGCUAGUAAACAUUGUUUAAGUCUAGAUGCCAUUGCAACAUAAUGUUCAAUAUAUUUUGUAUCAUGCUUAAGACUUUGGGAGAAGGCCUUGCACAUUUAUAUUUAUAAUGCUUGUGUACCAUCUUAAUUUAAAUGCAUAUUGUUUUGUCUUUUGUUUCAUUAUUGGUGACAUUAUAUUAAAUAUGUCAUAUUUGCUUUGGGCACCUGUAAUUUAAAUGUCAAUGGCAAAUCCUCUUUAAUGUGACUUAUUUUUGUCAUUAAAAGAGAUGAAUCACAACCA